AAACCAAGAUGCAGCUUCAGGCUUGACUGUACCCAGCUGCUCAGACAACACUGCCGUCGGGGUGGGCUGAAACACUGUGUGGUGGGUGUCCAGUGUGCCCUGCUUUCCCCCCAACCUGUGGAAAGGGGUGAGAUAGUUGUGUCGACCCCAGGAAAGAAAGUACCUACCAAGAGGGUCUCCUGGUCACUAAUUGGUCUCAAACUAAAAAACAAAAGAGCUCAGGAGCCAUUGCUGAACAUGGGCCUCUCGUGCAAGCCAGGCUUCAGGUAAGAACACUGUCUACUUUCUGUUCUGAAAUGCCUGGCUGCGUGCACUGUGUGCCUGCUGGGGGAGCCAGCACUUUUGAAGGAGUUCCUGGAAUCUUUGUCAACCAUCAGGAUUGAGGUACUUCCGUAAUCCAACUGCAGCUGCACAGCCAUAACCUCAGUAGCAUCUUUGACCAUCAGAAUGGCUCCAUUCCCACCAGUCAGGGCAGUGCUUUUGGGGCCAAAUGAACGGAGGUUUCGAAGUACUCACUUGCACUAGAACGGCCAUGAGUGGGGUUUCUCUAUAUAAGUUCCCUUCAGGCUGGAGACUACUUCCUUUUCCACCAAAGACUGAUUUUCAUUGGCUGAAGCUGAAGCCAGUUGCUGGAGAGGGCUGUGGUGGUCUGUGUUGAGGUGUUUGCCGUGAGUCUCCUCUUCCACUGUACUCCAAAUUAGGGAUUCCUGUUAGCAUUGAAUUGGCACCAUGGCCAUUGGUUGACAGUUGUGACCAUGACCCAAGCCCCAGCGCAGGUCAAAUGAGGGCUCCCGGCACCCCUUUAUGGCUGAGUCAUGGGCCAGAGCUCGGGCAUGUUCUGAUUGUUCAGGCUUGGGUCAGUCCUCUCCUGACAAAGGAUUACUGCUCCCAGGAAAUAGUGUGGGUGCUCACCAGAAGAAGAGAGAUCAGGCAAGCUCGGCAGGUCCACGUUUCAACUAUAUCUGGAUAAUGAACAAUUGUCAAAAACGGUUACAGGAGAGAUUCUCAGUUCCAUAUAAAAGUAAAAUUGCUUCCUUGAGCAACAGCUUUCUUUCCCACAGCAUUCAUUGGGCACCCAUGUACCAGGCCCCUAUGAUGAGAUGCUCAUUCCACAUUACACCAGCCUAGAAGGGAUUCUUCUAUUUGCAGAUGGGAAAACUAAGGCCUCAGGGGGCCAGUACCUCAAAGUCACAGACUCCUGGCUCUAGAAAAGGAGCGACACUGAGCUGGAGGCAGGAACCGUUAAUUGAAUUUUCGCGCUAAUGGAGGCCUCUUGGGUGACGGGUCACCGGUUCAUAGCUCCACCCCCUCGGGUUGUGUCAGCAUUUCCCCGUUUUAACACCGAACAAUGGCACCCCCGGCGGCCUUCACCUGUCCAGUCCCUGCCUGAGCACCACUGGAGGUUGCGGGCCUGGGUGGGUACUGCAACUCUCGAAUGCUAAUGGCCGUGCUGGUGCAGCGUGAGAUAGCCUGGCUGGGGACCCUGCGAUGAAUGCGGGUGUGGAGACCAGAGCCAAGCAGUGGGGUGGCGCAUGCGCACAAGGGCACCGCGGGAAGUUUGAAACUGACACCAAGCUGAAGGACUGGGGCACCGGGUAAGCAUGGACUCCGCGGUGGACCUGGCGCAGCGGCUGCGGGCAGCACUGCAGGAGGAGGAGCCGUGGGCUGUGGAAGAUCUGCUACGCCGGGGUGCUGACCCCAACCUAGUGCUCAGGGAUGGCGCAGCAGCCAUCCAUCUGGCAGCGGGAGCCCGGCACAGGCGCGCUCUACGAUGCCUCAAGGCUUUGCUGCAUGGAGGAGGGGACCCCAAUGCUAGAUCAGCUGAGGAGCUGACGCCGCUGCACGUGGCUGCUGCCUGGGGCUGUCGCCGUGGCCUGGAACUGCUGCUGAGCCAAGGAGCAGACCCUGGGCUGCGUGACCAGGAUGGACUCCGGCCACUGGACCUGGCAGAACAGCAAGGGCACCAGGACUGUGUGCGCGUCCUGAGGGAGCUUCUGACGCUGACCAGGACCCCUACCCAGACCCAGGCAGAGACCCAGGAGCUGGAGCCUGAGCCCAGUGGCACAGGCCUCCAGGGGGAGAGGCUGGACAUCAGUCCCUCUGGACCUCCCAAUGUGAUGCCAGACCCCACAGCGCUGGGCAGAAGUGACAGCAGGGACACGGAUCUGGAGACUGGCCCUGGGCCCCCCAGCCUCCUUGCCUACUCUGAGGUUGCUGUCAGGAAUGGCCGCUUAGAGUCCCCUGCAGGGUGCUGGGACUGCAGCUCAGAUGCCUCCUUUUUCACGGUAGCUGAGGCCUCUGGAGCCAAGGACCCAGCCCCCCAUACAUCCCUCUGGGCUGAGUCAUUGCCCCAGACCAGGCAGCAACUUCCACCUGGUAUCCAACCACCCUGGAGGGCAGUAAUGUCUCUGAGCACCCCUCAGCUGACACGUGGAGCCAUCAUGACGGGCAAGGAAGCCGAAUUAAAAGCCCAUCUACAGGCCCUGACUCUGGCUUUGCCAGAAGCCUCCCCCUCCCACACGUCUCUCCCAGGUGGGGUCCCAGCCCACAGUCCCCCUCGGGAACCACUGGCUGGACCCCUUGACUUCCACUUCCUAACAGAUGAUCAGCCGUCCCUUGACAGUGAGGUGGCUGCCCUCUGGCUGACAGAGGAUGAGGAGAGCUCCACAGGUGGCAGGGACACAGUCCGCUCAUGCCAGUGCCUGCCAGUCCCGGCCAUGUCUGACCUAGAGCUGCUGCAAAGGCUCCGGGCACUUGGUGAGAGCCCAGGGCCCAUCACGCCCUUCACCCGACCGCGCUACCUCCGAAGACUACAAGAAGCUCAGGCUGCUCUUGACUUUUCAGGUCACAGCCCAGAGCUGACUGAGGCCCUGAGGACAGGCCGAAUCCCAGAUGCCCAGGCAGACGAGGAUGCACUUGCCCAGCAAUUUGAGCAGCCAGCUCCUGGCAGAAGGUGGCGGGAGGGGGUAGUGAAGUCCAGUUUCACAUAUCUGCUGCUAGACCCCAGGGAGACUCAGGAUUUGCCAGCCCGAGCCUUCUCACUAACCCCAGCUGAAUGCCUUCGGACUUUUGUCCAUGCCAUCUUCUAUGUGGGCAAGGGGACACGGGCCCGGCCAAAUGCCCACCUCUUGGAGGCCCUUGGCUAUCGUGGACAGCCAGGAAAACAGGCCUGUCCCAAGGUGUGCCAGAUCUUGGAUAUUUGGGCCAGUGGUCAUGGUGUUGUGUCCCUGCAUUGCUUCCAGCAUGUGGUCGCUGUGGAGGCUUACACUCGAGAGGCAUGUCUUGUGGAUGCUCUAGGGAUUCAGACGCUGACCAACCAGAAACAAGGACACUGCUAUGGAGCGGUGGCAAGCUGGCCACCUGCCCGCCGCCGCCGCCUGGGGGUGCAUCUGCUGCACCGUGCCCUCCUUGUCUUCCUGGCUGAGGGUGAACGAGAGUUGAGACCCCAAGACAUCCAGGCCCGUGGCUGAGUGCUGGAGAACUGCCCAUCUAGCCUGGAUAGAGAUCGGCGUGUUCGGAUGGACCAGCUGACCUGUGCUGGCAGCAGCCCUUCAUCUCCAGUUCUAGAAGGCAGAGGGUGAGCAGCAGGGCAGGUCUUCCCCUCGGGCUGAGGGAAGACUUCGUUACAUAUGGAACUGCUGGAUAGGCAGUGAGUUCUCUGUCACGGGAGGAGAACAAGUUGGCCAGAAGGUUCUUUGGAACAUUGGGUGCUUUGAAACUUGCCAUUGCUUUGGCAGUUUGGUCCUCUCUGUGUGGAUAAAGUCCAUUUUUAUCUCCCAGACACAGGGGACCCAUUCUGUGGGCUGGGGUCUCCCUCAGCCAUAUGAAGGGAAUCUACCCAGUUUGAGAGCUGGGCUCUGCUUGCCAGAUGUGGUACCUCAGAUCAGUGACUUGUCUGUCUGAGCCUCAGUUUCUUUAGGAGUAUAAGAGGGACAGUGAGGUUUUACCUCAGGGGUCAUUGUGGGGAUUGGAGGGUGCAGCUCAGAGCCCUGCACUGACCUGGAGAUGGCCCAGGUCGAAGGUCUCCUGGGGAAGAGAAGUGUCCUGACGCUCUUGAGGUGCUGACUAUGUGCGGUGACAGGAGGCCAGGGCCAGGGAGCUUGUGGGCUGUGAGUGGAAGACACCAGCCCUUGAGGUCUCUGUGAAGCCAGCCCUUCCUGGCAUUGGUUCUCCGAACCUGUCUCUUCCACCAUAAAAUGGGAUCAAUGACCCAAACCUCUGGUGAUGCUUUACAAUUUCAGACAAUUCACAUUACAAAGUUUCAGCAAAAUGCCAGGCUGCGGUGCUGGUGAGGUGUUGAUGGGAUCAUUUAAGUUUUCCAGAAGUUGUUUCUUCAAGGCAUCCAGUGGGUUUAGGGAUGAGGGGAGAUCUGCUGCCUGGUUGAGCUCACCACCUGCCUCUCACUGUGACUCAGCUAACUAGGUCCUGCAGGGGGCGGGCGGGGGCACUGUAACCUGGGCAGAGUUUCACAGCUUAGGCGCCUCCACUGACUCUACUGCCCAGCCCCCGUUCCCCUGCAAGAAUGGCUGGUUUUGUGCUUAGAGGCCCAGCUCCUGGACGGGGCCUGGGCUCUCCCAUUUUAACCUAACUGAAGAAACCUCUGUGUGAGCUGAGCGGCUUCCCAAACACCAAGUCUCCUGAUAAAGGGACAGCAACUAAAACUGUGCUGGGAGGGAAUUCAGAGAUCCCCAGAGUCCCUAAAGAGAUGAGUUUGUCUAACAGAGUUUCCUAACCUCGAUUCUA